AUGCUACAAUCGCCACCGGCUGACGGUAUCUCGGUCGGUGGGGACGGCGAAAGGCGGCGGCUAUUGGAUUCGGACAGCUCAGACUCAAACUCGGGCGGCUCGAACACGGACAUCCCGGACUCGGACUCGGACUCGGACGGCUCGGACUCAGACUCGUACGGCUCGGACUCGGACCCGGACAGCUCGGACUCGGACGGCUCAGACUCGGACUCGGACUCGGACGGCUCGAACUCGGACGGCUCGGACUCGGACAGCUCAGACUCGGACAGCUCGGACUGGGACGGCUCGUACUCGGACAGCUCGGACUCGGGCGGCUCGGACUCGGACUCGGACGGCUCGGACUCGGGCGGCUCGAACUCGGACUCGGACGGCUCGGGCUCGGGCUCGGACGGGCACCGAACAUCCCAGAGCUGUCUAGCUCAUCACACUUAA